UUUUUUUGUUACUAAAAUAUAUUCAAUUAACAUACCAAUGAAUUUGGAAUUUUUGGAUGAAAGUAAAGGAAUUUAAUUACUUUAAAGAACUUUGGAGAUGUAUAUAAGGGAUCCCCGAACUUACAAGAUCACAACACGAAAUCCAAAAUGAUGCGUGUAGUUCUCUGCCUUGCGAUACUGGUGGAAAUCUCUCUGUGCGGAAUCAUACAUUCUGGUGGCCGCACGAUAGGGAAGGAGUGGUCAACUGAAAAGGGUUCAUCGUCCAAGGUCGUAACCUCCGAACAAAAGGCAUGGGAAAAAUCAAGCGGUAGUAAGUGGUCAAAGGAGAGUGGUGCGGCUGGUGGUCAUCAAAGUGAGUGGAGCUCCCAGGGAGGACAGGGAUCUCAAUGGGAAAGUUCUUCAGGUGGUUCCCAGGGAUCACAGGCCGCGUGGAGGGAAGAAUCGUCUAGCGGGUCACAGGGAUCACAUCAGAAAUCUGGGGGCCAAUGGUCAAAGGGGUCUGCGUCAGGAUCUGAGAGAAGAUCUGAGAAGAAGUGGGGGUCAUCGGGGGGAUCUGGGCAGUCUGGAAGUGGAAGCUGGUCCGUCGGAUCAGAUGGUGGCAAAGCAUGGAAAAAGGAAUGGGGUAGUAAACCUGGGUCUAAUAAAUUCUGGAGCACAGAGUGGGGCUCAUCGUCAGGUGGUGCAGCUGGAGCUGAAGAAAGUCUCAAUUCUCAAAGAACUUCCGGUGGAAAUUGGAAAAGCCAAAGUUCUGACGAUUCGGAAUCUCAGUCUCAGUGGAGCGAAAAUUCGCAAAGAGGUUCAGAGAGAAGCCAGACAUCCGAGGGAUCAGAGCAUUCAGGAAGACAGUGGAGCGAAGGUUCAACUGGAUCAUCACAGGGUCAAGGGGGUUCUGGGGGAUUUCAACAGUCUGGCAGUUCACAAUGGAGUGAAGGCUCUGAGGGAGGCUCGGGCCGAAGAUGGAGCUCCGGGGAUUCGGAACAAUCAGGAAGGCAAUGGGGAGAAAAUUCACAAAGAGGUUCAGAGAAUACGCGGAGCUCCGGGGGAUCAGAUCAUUCAGGAAGACAAUGGAGGGAGGGUUCCUCAGGAGGAUCUCAGAGUCACAGGAGUUCCGGGGGAUUUCAGCAAUCUGGCAGCUCACAAUGGAGUGAAGGCUCCCAGGGAGGUUCGGAGCAAGUAUGGAAUUCCAAGGGUUCAGAACGCUCGGGAAGACAAUGGGGUGGGUCUGAAGGCGGCAGUAGAUCUGGCAGUCAGUUUGGAGUAGAAGAAUCCCACGCCGCAAGUGGAUCAUCUGCAUCAGUUGGUUCCAAUGGUUUUGGUUCAAAUUUUGCUGAAUCUGGUAGCGGCGCUGCUGCUGCUGCAAAUGGUGGAAGCCAUAGUGCUGCAUCAAGUGGUGCCAGGGCGGGGUCUAGUGGAUUUGGAUCAAACUUUGCCGAGUCACGCAGUGCAGGGUCUGCUUUCUCGGACGGAUUUGGUGGAAGUCGGAGCAGUGCUGCCAGUCAAGCUAAGGCGGGCUCCAGUGGAUUUGGAUCCAGUUUUGCUAAAUCCCAAAGUGGUGCAUCUGCUUUCACAAGUGGACAGGGACGAGGUCACAGCCAAGCGUCAAGUGGCGCUAGCGCUAGCGCCAAAGGUCAUGGCUCAAGUUUUGCCGAGUCGCACAGCUCAGCAUCUGCAUUCGCAGGAAAUGGCGACAGCCAAAGCCAUGCGUCCAGCAGUUCACAUGCAUCUUCAAGCGGAAAUGGAAGUUCAGCCAGUGCUUCCAGUCAUGCUUCUGCAAGUGCCAGUACCAGAUAGAUUAGAUGUGAAUGCUCUAGACAGCGAUGGAGAUCAAUCUCGAUAAAGCAGUAUUUUACCAAUCCAGUCAAAUCCAUUUUAUUUUUAUUUUCCAUUAUAAUAAAUGUAGAU